UAAAUGACAAUACAGCAAUCAUGCCGCUGAGAUAGGUUAUAAAGCGAGUGAAUUGUUUUCUUUUAUUCUGUUUAAGUUUAAUCUGAAUUCUUAUAUCCAUCAAAAUGUCUGAUAUAAUAGAAAACGAGGAAAUAGAUAAAGACACGGUGAGCCUGGAGGAGUUAGACAAUUUAUUUAGCCGAAAGUAUAAUCUCCUUACAGAGACUGCAGUUACAUUAAAGACAACUUAUAUUAAUAAACUAAGUUUAACUAAAUCAUUGAACUUAGCAGUCAGCUUACUAGAUAAUAGUAUUGAUGUAUAUAAGAUUGAAAAAUCAUCUAUCAACCAAGUAUGUAGGCUAAGUGGCCAUCAGAAAGCUCUAACAGAGUUAGUCUUCAGCCCUAAGGAAGAUUAUUUGCUGUAUUCAGCUGGUCAUGACGGUAUUAAAUUGUGGGAUACAAGAACCAGUGGCCUGUGUGUGCAGGAUUAUAAAGAGGAGGAGGACACACCCGCAAGACCUUAUGAUGCUAUGGACAUUUCCUGCACUGGUCGUGUUAUCUGUGCCGGUAGCCAGCUAGUACAGGAAGAUGCAUACCUGGUCUUCUGGGACCAGAGAAAACCUCAACCACUUGGUGGUUACUGGAACUCUCAUACUGAUGAUAUCACACAGGUUAAAUUCCACAAAGAAAAGACAGAAAUUCUUGCUACUGGAUCACUUGAUGGCCUUCUCAAUGUGUACAAUUUAAUGGAAGAGACGGAAGAUGAUGCUCUUAUAUAUUCCAUGAAUAUAGAGAAUUCAGUGGAGAAAAUCUCAUGGCUAAAUGACAAUCAUGUAGCUUGCAUCACCCAGUCCAAUGAUUUGCAGACAUGGGACACAGGUACUGGGGACAUCAUCAAGACAUAUAGCAGGGACAAGAUUGCUAGAAGUAUAAAGAGACACAGAUCAGAUGACUGCUACCUUGUGGAUGCAUUCAUGUCUGCUGACAAUAUGGUCAUAUUGGCUGGGUCAUAUGGAGGAGAAGGAACAGUGCUCAGGUCGGUGACGGAGAUGGGAAAGAAACUGCAGCCUACUACUAACUUCACCAAGAACAAGCAAGUUGUCAGAUGUUGUUCAUAUGAUGAUGAUCGACACUUAUUAGUAACCGCCGGCGAGUCGGGUCUGAUAAGCGUUUGGGACACUGACAGCACUCCGGAACCUGUAACCAUCACUAAGAAACUUAAGAACCAAAGUCUACACGACAAGAGACAUAAACCGUAUUGAUAUU